GGGUUGCGGAAGGUGUUGCUAUCGUCACGCGUUCCGCAGAGGUGGUGUGCAAGGGCUGACGCUGUGUGCAAAACAGUGACAUUGUGGCCAUGUCUCCAUCAGAUGUGCCUACUGCGGAUGAGGAAAGGGAGGACAUGAUGUUCAUGCUCGUUCUCCUCAUGACCCAGUGGGUGAAUAGGCGCAACGCUGCGGCCAUGGCCAUUCUUGAAGCAGUCGCCAUCACCCCGUUCAUGUUCCGGGAUGUGUCGGGGGCGCUGACGAUGCUUGCAGGGGGGGUGGUUCAUGACAUGGCCUUGAGCUUCUUCGCAACACAGGAGUUGGGAAGACACAUGAACUGUCGGAGAAGGCGGGUGUGGAUGCUGGAGCGCAGCGGAGUACGAGAGUGCUGCCGAAAUUCUGCGGCGGCAACGCGGCUUUUACGGCAGCGGUACGGAAGUGCUGCCGAAAUUUUGCGGCGGCAACGCGACUUUUACGGCAGCGGUACGGAAGUGCUGCCGAAAUUCUGCGGCGGCAACGCGGCUUUUUACGGCAGCGGUACGGAAGUGCUGCCGAAAUUCGGCGGCGGCAACGCGGCUUUUUACGGCAGCGGUACGGAAGUGCUGCCGAAAUUCUGCAGCGGCAACGCGGCUUUUUACGGCAGUGGUACGGAAGUGCUACCGAACUUUUGCGGAAGCGACGCAGGUUUUUACGGCGGUGGUACGGAGGUGCUGCCGAACCUUUACGGCGGUGACGCAGAUUUUUACGACGGUGGUACGGAAGUGCUGCCGAAAUUCUACGGCGGCGACGCGGGUUUUUACAGCGGUGGUACAGAAGUGCUGCCGAAAUUCUGCGGCGGCAACACGGUUUUUAACGGCGGUAGUGCGGAAGCGCUAUCAGAUUUUUUGUGGCGGCGACUCUGGUUUUACAGCGGUGGUGCGGAAGCGCUGCCGGAUUUUUGCGGCGGCAACUCCGGUUUUAAUGGCGGUAGUGCGGAAGCGCUGCCGGAUUUUUGCGGCGGCGGUUCUGUUUUUUUUUACGGUGGUGCGGAAGCGCCGCCGGAUUUUCCGGCGGCAGUACCGGAUUUUUGCACCAACGACACUAUUUUCACGACGAUAACGACAUUAUUUUUGCACUGAGUGGAGGUGGGACGUUGACACAGAGGAGGUAGGUAGAGCGAUGCUUACAAAGGAGAUUGAUUAUGCCUAUUUGAGA